UGUGUAUGGAUAAAUCAUUCAUAGUAAAUACUGCAGUAUUCAAUAAAAACAAGAUUGUCCUUUAUGAUUUCAUGGUGACUUUAAGGAACAGCAAUUCUGGACACAGUUUUCAGUCCUGCAGUAUUUAGGAUACAGAUUUACUGAACUUUUAAGGGUGUUGUCUUCCUUCUCUCUAAAUUUUUUGAGUGUGUGUCUAAGACUAAUUGUGGGAACACACAUAAACUAUGUAGGAAUAGCAGGAAUGAGGAAGCUGCUUUACAGACACACCUCUUUUGCACACGUCACUCAAACACAGAAUCAGGAAACAGGGAUCACAUGAGUUCAGAGAAACUGAAACUGAAGUGUAGUUGAGCUGUUGUGUGUUUGUGUCUCUGUGUUCAUGCAGUAAAAUGGCAGAAGCCAGAAUUUCUCAGGAUGAGUUCAUGUGUCCAGUGUGUCUGGAUCUCCUGAAGGAUCCAGUGACCAUCCACUGUGGACACAGUUACUGUAAGAUCUGUAUUACAGACUGCUGGGAUCAGGAGGAUCAGAUGAGAGUCUACAGCUGUCCUCAGUGCAGACAGACCUUCAGACCAAGACCUGCUUUAGCUAAAAACACCAUUCUGGCUGAAAUGGUGGAGAAACUGAAGAAGAUUAAACUUCCUGCUGACUGUUACGCUGGAGCUGGAGAUGUGCAGUGUGACGUCUGUACUGGAAGAAAACACAAAGCCGUCAAGUCCUGUCUGGUGUGUCUGAACUCUUACUGUCAGAAUCACCUUGAACAACAUGAGAGUUGGUUUAAAGGAAAGAGACACAAUCUGACUGAAGCCACUGGACGACUGCAGGAGAUGAUCUGCCCAAAACACGACAAGAUCCUUGAGCUUUUCUGCCGCACUGAUCAGAGGUGUAUAUGUGUGCUGUGUGUGGAUGAACAUAAAAACCACAAGACUGUAUCAGCUGCAGCACAGAGGACAGAGAAACAGCACCAGCUGAAGGAGACGCAGAGGUGGUUCCAGCAGAGGAUCCAGCAGAAAGAGAAAGAUGUUCAGCAGCUGAGAGAGGCUGUGGAGUCUCAUAAGCGCUCUGCACAGACAGCAGUGGAGGACAGUGAGAGGAUCUUCACUGAGCUCAUCCGCUCCAUUGAGAGAAGCCGCUGUGAGGCCACACAGCGGAUCAGAGAUCAGGAAAAGACUGCAGUGAGUCGAGCUGAAGGACGACUGGAGCGACUGGAGCAGGAGAUCAAUGAUCUGAGGAGGAGAGACGCUGAGCUGGAGCAGCUUUCACACACACAGGAUCACAUCCAUUUCCUGCGGGUAACAGAGAUCUAGAAGAACAGGAUCAUAGUGGACUUGAGCAAGAGACUCACAGAGAAACAUUUCAUGAGAGCAGAAUGAGCCGUUGACUGAAGUGUUGAUCUGUGUGUUCGGUUAUUAUAUAAUCAUCAGUCAGACUCUCAUCUGAUCUUCUUCUUUUGAAAGAGACACACUUACAAAUGUAAUUCAGCUCUGGAAAUCUCUUAGGAAACAUUUUUCUGAAAGUUAUAUUGAGUUUCCAGACAGCAACAGCUCAAAAUAUAAUUAAUAUUUAAACUAUUUUUUUUGUUUCAGUUUCCCUCAGCUACAUUUCCCAUCAUCUCUUAUCUUUUUACAAACUUUGACUUAUUCUACAAAUUUUGAGUAAUGAAAAUCAGAUAAUCUUCAAACCUGCUGAAGCCUUUUAUAAUAAUUUUCAUUAACACAAUAAUGAAUUUGACAGUGAAGUACUCAAACAGGAAGUGAGGCUGUAUAUUAGAGAUGAUUCAGCAUAUUUAAACCACAAAACCUGACCUUGUGAUCGUGUCCUAAGAGUCCUUGUGAAUUUCAGAGCUGCUCAAAAGUUAUAAAUAAUGGACAAUCUACUCAUUGACUUUGAACUGCUUUUCCUGAUCAAAUCUACUCAACCCUGUCAUGUGACUCCAUUGAUGCAUUUGUCCUGUUACAUUAAUGUUAUUGGCAGAUGUUUGAUCAUCAAGUGUUUCCUGGAAAGUUCACAUAUAGUGUAAGUGUCAAACACAAGAACUUAUAGCUCUAACAUGAGAAGAAUGAAUUUGAUGCUGUGAAAGUUCUGGAUUGAGGAAAGUUACUAAAGAUCAUCAAGAGCUGCUCAAAUCUGACAGUAGUGCAGGUUAUUGGCUGAAGUGUGGAGGUGAUGAGCUUUGAUUUCUGUUUUCUGUAGAGUUUCCAGUCUCUCUCAGCUCCUCCUGAAUCUACAGACGUAAA